UAUCUGCUGAAAUAGUUUACAACCUGUUUUCUGGAGUAUCUACCUUCUCCACUGUCAAAUUUUAGAACUCUGUUUUAAGAGGCCAACUGACUCCCCCUAUUUCUAAAGACAUAGUUUGAGCAGUGUUGGGGUGGAAAUGGGUACCUGUGUUAAGCAACUUCAUCUUUCCAUCCCUCAGUGGCAUUCACUCCUCCCUCUGACUCUUCCUGUUAUUGCUUGCUUUUCUAAAUGAUUUCCAGGUUUGAUUUGUGUGACAUUUUUAGAGAGACCAGAUUUCAUAUAAUGCGUAAACUCAUAAUUCCUAUAGUUGCUCUGUGUUAAUAUCUGGCUCUCCUACAAGACAAUAGCUAGUCUCAGAAUUCUCUUUUUUUUGUUUGUUUGUUUGUUUUUUUUUUAGCUAUCAAAAGAAGCUCCAUGGAUUAUACAAUGGUGGAUUGAGUUAACAAUAGUUAUGUAAAAUUCAAGCCAACACACCCCAUCCUAGAGGAGACAUACUCCCCUUAACCUGCUGUGUGGUUGAAAGUUAAAGGCUGUGAAUUUGCAUUUUCUGUUCAAGAAAUAUCUGAGGAAGAACCUGGAAAUGUUUUAGGAAACUUAGUAUAUUUCUCCUAGGAAAAUAGUAACAACAAAAUAAUACUAUAUACUAGGCAUGUUUUUAUGCCUUUGCAUAUAUUAAUUCAUUUAAUUCUCACAACAGCCUAUGAAGUCGGUAAUAUCAGCCCCAUUUUGCAUUUGAUCAAAGUGAACACACGGAGGGAUAUACCAUUCCUAAGCCAGAUGUGAUUGCUUUAUUGGAGCAAGAGAAAGAGCCCUGGAUAGUAAUGAAGGAAGGAACAAGGAGUUGGUACACAGAUUUGGAGUACAAGUAUAUCACCAAGAAUUUACUUCCAGAAAAGAAUGUUUGCAAAAUAUAUUUAUCUCAAUUGCAGACAGGGGAAAAAAGUAAAAACACCAUCCAUGAGGAUACCAUGAGAAAUGGCUUGCAGAACAAACAUGAAUUUGAGAGACAAGAGGGACAUCAGAUAGAAUGCGUUAGUCAAAUGAUAAUCCAAAAACAAAUAUCUCAUCCUCUGUAUCUGAAAAUUCAUGCUAGAGAGAAACCAUAUGAAUGUAAGGAAUGUAGGAAGGCCUUUAGACAACAGUCAUACCUUAUUCAACAUCUGAGAAUUCACACUGGUGAGAGACCCUAUAAAUGUAUGGAAUGUGGAAAGGCAUUUUGUCGAGUGGGAGACCUUAGAGUACAUCAGACAAUCCAUGCUGGGGAGAGACCCUAUGAAUGUAAAGAAUGUGGAAAGGCCUUUAGACUUCAUUACCACCUUACUGAACAUCAGAGAAUACAUUCUGGUUUGAAACCCUAUGAGUGUAAGGAAUGUGGAAAGGCCUUUAGUCGGGUUAGAGAUCUCAGAGUACAUCAGACAAUUCAUGCCGGGGAGAGACCUUAUGAAUGUAAAGAAUGUGGGAAGGCCUUUAGACUUCAUUAUCAGCUAACUGAACAUCAAAGAAUUCACACUGGUGAGAGGCCUUAUGAAUGUAAGGUUUGUGGCAAGACCUUUAGGGUACAACGACAUAUUAGUCAACAUCAGAAAAUUCAUACAGGUGUCAAACCCUAUAAAUGUAAUGAAUGUGGGAAAGCCUUUAGUCAUGGCUCAUACCUUGUUCAACAUCAGAAAAUUCAUACUGGUAAUAAACCCUAUGAAUGUAAAGAAUGUGGUAAGUCCUUUAGUUUUCAUGCAGAACUUGCUCGACAUCAUAGAAUUCAUACUGGUGAGAAACCCUAUGAAUGUAAAGAAUGUGGAAAAGCCUUUCGUCUUCAAACAGAACUUACUCGGCAUCAUAGAACUCAUACUGGUGAAAAACCCUAUGAAUGUAAGGAAUGUGGGAAGGCCUUUAUUUGUGGCUAUCAACUUACUUUACAUCUGAGAACUCACACAGGUGAGAUUCCUUAUGAAUGUAAGGAAUGUAGGAAAACCUUCAGUAGUCGCUAUCAUCUUACUCAACACUACAGAAUUCAUACUGGUGAGAAACCCUACAUAUGUAAUGAAUGUGGAAAAGCCUUUCGUCUUCAGGCGGAACUUACCCGACAUCACAGAAUUCAUACAUGUGAGAAACCCUAUAAAUGUAAGGAAUGUGGGAAGGCUUUUAUUCGUAGCAAUCAAUUUAUUUCACACCAGCAAAUUCACACCAGCGAGAGCACCUAUGCAUGUACAGAAUGUGGGAAGACUUUUGGUCGUCGCUAUAAUCUUACUCAACAUUAUAAAAUUCAUACUGGUGAGAAACCCUAUAUAUGUAAUGAAUGUGGGAAAGCCUUUCGAUUUCAAACAGAACUUACUCAGCAUCACAGAAUUCAUACUGGUGAAAAACCCUAUAAAUGUAUGGAAUGUGGGAAGGCCUUUAUUCGUAGCACUCAUCUCACGCAACAUCACAGAAUUCAUACUGGCGAGAAACCCUACAAAUGUAAGGAAUGUGGGAAGAUGUUUAGUCGUCACUAUCAUCUUACUCAACAUCACAGAGGCCAUACUGGUGAGAAGCCCUACAUAUGUAAUGAAUGUGGGAAUGCUUUUAUUUGCAGUUAUCGACUUGUAUUACAUCAAAGAAUUCACACUGGUGAGAUACCAUAUGAAUGUAAGGAAUGUGGAAAGACCUUUAGUCGCCGGUAUCAUCUUACUCAACAUUUUAGACUUCAUACUGGUGAGAAACCAUACAGCUGUAAAGAAUGUGGGAAUGCCUUUCGUCUUCAAGCAGAACUUACUCGGCAUCACAUAGUUCACACGGGUGAGAAACCCUAUAAAUGUAAAGAAUGUGGGAAGGCCUUCAGUGUUAAUUCUGAACUUACUCGACAUCACAGAAUUCAUACUGGUGAAAAACCCUAUAAAUGUAAAGAGUGUGGAAAAGCUUUUAUUCGUAGUGAUCAACUUACUUUACAUCAGAGAAAUCAUAUUAGUGAGGAAGCCCUAUGUGUAAUGUAAAGACAAUAUGAUGGCCUUUAGAAAAUGCCCCUUACAACAGCAGAGAAUUUAUAAGAAAUUUUCUGUUUGCUAGGGAACAUGUGGGAAUCCGUUUUAUUUCAUGCUCACAAUUUAUCAGAAAUGGUUUAAUAUGUUGAUUUAAAGAUUUGAAAAGCUAUAGCAUCACUCAGUCCCUGUUGGACUUUAGAAGAUUGUUACUGAUGCACUGCAUCCCAAACCAUCAAGAACUUUUUCCCCUGCAAACUGUUCUUGAACAGUGCUUCUCUAAAAUGCAAUAAUAAUGGGCCAGGUGAAGUGGCUCACACCUGUAAUCCCAGCACUUUGGAAGGACAGGAGUUUGAAACCAGCCUGGGCAACAUAGUGAGAC